AUUAGAAAAAGGUACGGUAGGGUGAUCUCGAUGUUUCUAAAUCGUGUAGUCACUCUGGAAAGCUAAUAGUCAUUCACAACAGCGAAGUAGGAGCAGAGUUUUAAGUUCUGAUCGUUAGGAAGAAACAGCAAUACCUUCACAAUGUCUAUUAUGUCCUAUAACGGAGGGGCCGUCAUGGCCAUGCGGGGGAAGAACUGUGUGGCGAUUGCAGCAGACCGGAGGUUUGGCAUUCAGGCUCAGAUGGUCACCACAGAUUUCCAGAAAGUCUUCCCCAUGGGAGAGAGGCUGUACAUCGGGCUGGCUGGUCUGGCUACUGAUGUUCAGACAGUGUCCCAGAGGCUUAAAUUCAGACUGAAUCUGUAUGAGCUGAAAGAGGGUCGCCAGAUCAAGCCCAAAACCUUCAUGAGCAUGGUGUCCAACCUGUUGUAUGAAAGGAGGUUUGGGCCAUACUACAUCGAGCCUGUGAUUGCCGGACUCGACCCCAAAACUUUUGAACCUUUCAUUUGCUCCUUGGAUUUGAUCGGCUGCCCCAUGGUGACGGAAGACUUUGUUGUGAGCGGCACCUGCUCGGAGCAGAUGUACGGCAUGUGUGAAUCUUUGUGGGAGCCAGACAUGGAACCAGAGGACCUGUUUGAGACCAUCUCCCAGGCAAUGCUGAAUGCUGUCGACAGAGAUGCAGUGUCUGGCAUGGGAGUUGUUGUACAUGUCAUCGAGAAAGACAAGAUCACCACACGAACCCUGAAGGCCAGGAUGGACUAGAGCUUCGGUUUCUGCCUGCACUUCACAGACACGGAUGUUUUGUAUAAAAAUAAUAAACAAUGCCUGUACUGUC